AUGGCGUCCCAGGAAUCCAAGCCCCUCACAUUGACCGUCCUCGGUUCUGGCACCAUGGGCAUUGCCAUCAUGGGCGGCGUCAUGGCCUCUCUCGCCAAAGCCAAAACCGCCGCCGCAAUUGACCCCUCGUCCACCCCCAAAGCCACACCAAACGUCUCCCGCUUCGUCGCCUGCGACACGUGGGCGCCUGCCGAGGAGAACGUCAAGAAGGCGCUCGGCCACUACAACUUCGACCUGCAGACGCUCACCAAUAGCAACCUCAAGGGCGUCCAGCAAGCAGACAUCGUCCUGCUGUCCUGCAAGCCCUACGGCUUCAAGGCCAUCCUGGGCGAGGAGGGCAUGCGCGAUGCGCUCAAGGGCAAGGUCAUCGUCAGCAUCCUGGCCGGCGUCACCCAGAAGCAGAUCUCCGAGUUCCUGUACCCCGAGGGCGCUGACAAGGUCGAGAACGCAUGCCGCGUCGUCCGCGUGAUGCCCAACACGGCCUCUUUCGUCGGCGAGUCCAUGAGCGUCAUCGAGACCAGCGACCCUCCGCUGAGCGACGCACAGCAGAAACUCGUCGAGUUCGUCUUUGGUUCCAUUGGCCGCGUCACCACGCUGCCCCCCGCCAACAUGGACAUCGCGACCGCCCUGUGCGGCUCCGGCCCCGCCUUCUUUGCCCUCAUCCUCGAGGCCGCCGCCGACGGCGCUGUCGCCAUGGGCAUGCCCCGGGCGCAGGCGUACGAGAUGGCCGCGCAGACGAUGCGGGGCACGACGGGGUUGGUGCUGAAUGGCGAGCAUCCAGCUGUGCUCAAGGACAAGGUUUCGACGCCGGGAGGCUGCACAAUCGGAGGUCUGAUGUCGUUGGAGAAGGAUGGUGUCAGGAACGCCGUGGCAACAGCUAUCAGGGAGGCUUGCGUUGUUGCUUCACGAUUGGGCGGUGAGCAGAGGGAGUUUGUGAACCACAGGCGGUAG